GCUAGAGUCAGCCAUCAGAGUCAGCCCAUUAAAUGUUAUCAUUUUUCAAUCUGUUAAUUUCUGUUAUUUACUUUUACAGUUUGCCUUCUAGAAGGUGGUGGGGAAUUUUCGAGAUUCUAAGGGGAGGAAAUAUAUGUUGAGAGCAUCAUUUGGUAUCAAAGCCUUCGUUUCUGGCUCAAUGACAGAAGGCAUCAACACUAGACUCCAAAAGGAGGUCAAUCAGUUACAGGCAGAGGUGGAGCGGGUAAACAAAACUAUGGACAUGAGGUUUGAUGAAAUGAGAGCUGAGUUUCGGAAACUUUUGGAUCGUAUAUCUGCUCAUGAAGGAAGUCCAACCAUUGACAAGCAGGGUAGCCAAUCUCUGAGGGGUCAGGAAUCUUCCCCAGCUGGAUCUUCAACGAUGGUAACAACUCACUACCCUAACUUUUAUAGAUCCUUUAAACUUGAGUGUCCAAAGUUCAAUGGAGAUGAUUUUAAAGGUUGGCUCAUGAAAGUCGAGCCGUAUUUUGAAGGUGAGGGGGUUCCUAAAGGUUCUAAAGUAAGAGUUGCUAUGUUGAGCCUUGAGGAGAAAGCCUGACAAUGGCACCAGCAAUAUGCUAAGGUGUAGGGGGGUCUUGAUAAAUUAAACGGGAUGCUUACAUUUUUGAAAUGCAAGAUAGGUUCAUUGCUGGUAAAUUUGAGGAUCCUAUGGCAGAGUUGGUAGAAUUAAGACAAAGUGGUAGUGUUGAAUAGUUUCAUGAUGAUUUUAUUGGGGUUCUAAAUUUACUGCAACUAUCUGAUAUCUAUGCUUUGAGUAUUGUCAUUAGUAACUUGAAACUUGAAAUUGGCCAGACCUUUAAGCUGUUUAAACCAAAGAUGUUGAAUCAAGCCCUUUACCUAGCUUAACAAAUUGAAUCCAUUAUACAUCCUACCCUAAAGAAACCCUUUAUUGCUUUCAAACACAUCACAUCUACUAAUAUACCCAGCUCUAUGUUUAAAUGCAAUAGCAUACCCCCUCUACUACCAAUUAUAAUACCACCCAAUCAUAACAUACCUACAUAGAACACUAAAGCUCUUUACCAUGCCCCAAAACCCCACCACACUACUUUCACCCAACCAAAACCUUUAAAACCCAACACUAGGAAGCUUUCACCAGCAGAAAUCAAGGGUAGGAGGAAAAAGGGAUAUAGCAUUUGGUGUGGAGAUAAGUACUCACUUGAGCACAAAUGUGUGAAGUCACAACUCUACUAAAUGUUGUUGGAAGGUUGUGAAGAAGAGGAGUUAGAGUUUAACAUAGAAUAAUGAAAAUACUGCCAUUAUUAAACUUUUAUUAUCAUAUGAAACUGAGAACCCUUCAUAGUGAUUUCUUUACAUGCCAUGUUAGGCAUAAAUGGUUACCAGACUAUGAGGGUGAGUGCUUUGAUUCAUAAAUGCCCAUUUGUUGCAUUGAUUGACUUGGGUAGUACUCAUAAUUUUAUUGAUUCAUCUAUUGUCAAGUUGCUAGACCUAUCAGUUUAGCAAGGUUGUAAAUUGCCUGUUGCUAUAGCAAAUGGAGGUAGCUUAUACACAACUAGACUUUGUAAAAGGGUCCGAUGAUUGGUGCAGAGAGCCAAUUUUUUGAUUGAUUUCAUGGUAUUACAUCUAAAAAGAUAUGACAUUGUGUUGGGGGUGCAAUGGCUUAUAACCUUGGGGCUAGUAAUAUGGGAUUUUCAUGAAUUAACUAUGCAGUUCUUGUAUAAUUCUAAGAGACAUGUAAUACUAGGCUUGCAACCUAGGUUAAUUUAGAUCAUGAAGGAGAAACAUUCUUUGAAAAUACUACCAUCUUUGAUGAAUGAAGCUAGACACCAUCCUUGUGCUUAUAUGAUGACAAAUAGCUUAUAAACUCAGUUAUCUAUUUUAGUUUUAGAGGAAACUGAGAAUUCUUCCAUCAAAUUGGCAUUAAAGAAGCUAUUAUUGGAAUAUAUAAAACUUUUUGAACUACCUUAAGGGUUACCUCCCAAAAGGCUUCAUGAUCAUAGAAUUACCUUGAAGUAUGAAACUCAAGUUGUGAAGAUGAGGCUAUAUAGAUACCCUGCCAUUCGAAAGGAUAAAAUUGAAAGAAUGGUGAAAGAAAUGCUAGAUAGUGGUAUUAUUAGAAAUAGUAACAGCUCUUUUGCAUCUCCCAUUGUAAUGGUGAAAAAAAGAUGGUUUUUGGAGGUUAUGUGUGGAUUAUAGGUAGUUAAAUUAGCUCACCAUCAAGGACAAGUUCCUUAUUCAUUUGGUGGAAGAAUUGUUGGAUGAGUUGGUGCAUGUUAAUUGUUUUUCCAAGCUAGACCUACGAUUUAGAUACCAUUGGAUUUGGAUGUUUGAAAGAAAUGUUCACAAAACAGCUUUCAGAACACAUUAAGGGCAUUAUGAAUUUUUGGUAAUGCUUUUUGCACUCACCAAUGCUCUUUUUACUUUUUAUGGAUUAAUGAACUCACUUUUUAAGUGUUAGUCGAGAAAGUUUGUUUUUGUUUUUUUUUUUUUAUGACAUAUUGGUGUAUUCUUUUGACUGGAGACUUAUUUAGUUCAUUUGAAACAAGUAUUUAAAGUUCUUAAGGCAAACCAGCUCUUUGUUGAAAAAAGUAAAUGCUAGUUUAAGGCUAUGGAGAUAGAUUACUUAGGCCAUGUAAUUAGUGGUAAGGGCAUUAUUGUAGAUCAAAGUAAGGUCUAAUGUAUUUUAGACUGGCCAAUGCCACGAUCUGUGAAAGAACUCAGGGCAUUUUUGAGACUCAGAGGGUAUUAUAGAAGGUUCAUCAAAGGAUAAGGGUUGAUUGCUAAAUAGUUAAAUAAUCUGCUUAAAAAAGAUGCUUAGAGAUGGAUUGAAAUUAUAAUUCAUGCUUGGAAUCAAUCCAAAGAGGUCAUAACUUCAGUAUUAGUCUUAACUUUACCUAAUUUUUUGACAAAAUUUACAGUGGAGACAUGCAUCUGGAAUUGGAUUGGUGCUAUAUUGACUCAAAACAAAAAAACCUUAGCUUAUUUUAACAAAAUUUUUGUGUCACGAUUCUAGAGAAGAGUCAUAAAUCCUACAUCAAUUGUGUACUAGAGUUGGUUAUGAGAUAUAAGGAAUCAUACCACCUUUAACUUGUAAGGUACUUUUUAUGAAAAAAAUCAUGAGGUCAAGGGUGUUGAAGCGAAUAAUACCUUACAAAUUGGUGUGAAUCGUGAUAGGUUGAUUUGAGAUGUUGAAUGAGUUCAUAUUUCGAUUUUGGAGUUGCAUGACCUAAAGCUUAAGUUUCGACCUGUGACAAGUGAUAUCAAAGCCAGCUUUAGGGGUAUUAGUGAUGUGCCACCAAGGAUGAUGGGCUUUCGUUGGAGUGGAUAAGGAUGUUACGAUCUUAUAAAGGAGUCAUGAAUCUCACAUCGAUUGUGUACUAGAGUUGAUAUAAGGGUUUACACCACCUUCAACUUAGGUGCAUUUUGUGGGACAAAAUCAUAAGGUCAAAAGUGUCGAAGUAGACAAUACCUCAUAAGUUGGUGUAAAUCAUGACAGUUAGAUUGAUUUGGGAUAACAAUCCGGGUUUUGAAGUUACACCAGCCUGGAGCUUAAGUCUUGGCUUGUGACAUUUGCACUAAUACACCAUGUUUUAUCUAUUUAUGAUAAGAGAUGAUGGUAUUUUUAUUCGUAAUUAAAAGGUAAAGCCCUUAUCUAGCUGGCAGACACUUCAAAAUCAAGACAGACCAUUAAAGUUUAAAAUUAUUUUUGCAUCAACAGGUUGCUACUUUUACUUACAAAAAUGAUGGGCUAUGAUUAUGAAGUCUCUUAUAGGAAAAAAGGUCUUUAAACACAGCUGUAGAUGUUCUAUCCAGAAACCCUGCAAUGCAUGUGGCACAAUUGUUAGCCAUUUCAAUAAUGAGUACGAAUGUGUUGUAAAAGAUCCAAGAUUUAAAAAAGUCGGAUGCAAGGCUACAAAAAAUUAUUCAGGAGUUGCAUAAUGAUUUGAGACAGAAUUCUAAGUACACUUGGUAUGGAGAUUAGUUGAAGAGGAAAAAGAAACUAGUGGUUGGUAAUGUUCUUAAACUGAAGCAAGAAUUAUUAGCAUUUUUUCAUAGCAAUCCUUCUAGUGGGCAUUCUGGGGCAUAAGCAACCAGUAAUUGGAUUUCUAGUAUAUUGUAUUGGAAAAUAAUGAGAAAAGAAGUUAGAAAGAUGGUUAGGGAGUCUAUUGUUUGCCAACAAAACAAAUAUGAUAAUAGUGCAAGUCUAGGGUUGUUACAGCCUUUACCAAUCUCUGAUAGAAUUUAGAUUGAUAUUAUAUGGACUUCAUUAAGGGUUUUCCAAAGUCUGGUGGGAAGGAUAUUAUCCUAUUGGUGGUGGAUCGCUAAAGUAAAUAUACACACAUCCUUACUUUGGCUUAUUCGUAUACUGCAUAACAGUGGCUCAGAUCUUUAUGGACAAUGUCUUUAAACUUCAUGGGUUGCUUAGCAGCAUAAUCUUUGAUAGGGACGAGGUUUUUAUGAGCACUUUUUAAGAGGAACUAUUCAACAGGUUUGGAACUUCUUUGAAGUUUUCAAUAGCUUACCACCUACAAAAAGAUGGACAGACUGAGGUAGGUGUUUGGGAACCUAUUUAAGAUGCAUGACUGGUGAAAAGCCUAAGUGUAGGAAAACAUUUAGUUUCAUCGGUUGUAAUCUAUGUAGCUUAUUGUAAUCUGUUGAUUAUAAUUUGUAUAUAUUUGUUCCCUUAAAAUUGAGAAUUUGUAUUUUUAGAAUUAAAGGUAGAAUAUCAGGAUAGACAAUCUCUUAAUUAUAGAGAUAAGAUUUAGGAAUAUUUAAUUUUUUAGUUUACCCUUUAAUUAGUUGUAUUUAAAACUAUGGUGUUUGUAUAAUUCAACAGA